GGCUUUUAAAGACCUACAUUCCUAUGUCCUAAGUCUCUGAGUUAUUUCAUUGCAGCGCACUCAAGUUCUCCAUUGAAGCGCACUCAACGUUCUCCAUCGAAGCGUUCUCCGUUGAAUCUAAUUCUUGUAUCCCCCAUUGAAGCAGCUUCUAAGGGGUGGUUAAUGGACAGCGCUGCCCAUUAAUAGGGUCGGACCAAAAUUUAAAGGGUCUUGACCCUUUAAUACUUUAGUGGACAGAAACAAACAGGGAGGUGACGCCGACAAAUCUGUCACCAGAAGACGGCGGGGGUAUUACGAUUGUACGACCGUUUAAGUGGCCUACUAUCGACAUUUAACCAUUCGUUUAGAUCGUGAUCGUAAAUCAAAUUCUUGACUUUCUGGUAAUUAUCAAUUUGAUCGUGAAUGGCGAGUACGGCGUGUUUUAUGAUCGUUAGUCGCACUGAUAUACCCAUUUAUGAAGCUGAAUUGGGUUCUGCAUUGAAAAAGGAAGAUGCUGCACAGCAGCACCAGUUUAUUCUGCAUGCAUCUCUAGACAUAGUCCAGGACCUUGCAUGGACUACCAGUGCUAUGUUUCUAAAAGCGAUUGACAGGUUCAAUGAUUUGGUGGUGUCAGUAUAUGUAACUGCUGGUCAUACAAGAUUUAUGCUUCUUCAUGACUCCCGUAAUGAGGAUGGAGUGAAAUGUUUCUUUCAGGAUGUGCACGAGUUGUAUAUUAAGAUUCUUCUAAACCCCCUUUAUCUUCCUGGCUCGCGCAUUGCAUCAUCACAUUUUGAUACAAAAGUCCGAGCCCUAGCCAGAAAAUAUCUGUGAAGCAGAAGUUGAAUGCAAAAUGAGCAGAUGCUGCUAUUGGAUGAGACAAACAGUUUUCUUCUCAAGCUUUCUUUGGCUGACAUUUCAGUUUGAAGUCAGGUUAUAAAACAUUCUAGUUUAUACCAGGUCCUGUUAUGGUGUAAUGAUGUAUUGCCCUUUUUUUUCUUCUUAAAAUGUUAAAAAGUAAAACUGGUUAGCCAUCCUUGUAAUUUUGGCAUCUUUGAUAUAAUUUUCUUUUGCAACACAAAAUAAUGUUGUCUUAGGUUUGUAGAAUGACUUCCAUUGUUGAUCUAAGGUUUUGACCGAAACAUACAUGUUAAUUUUCAAGAGAAGAAAGAUUGGUGAGCAUUCCUUUCUCAUUCCUCCACAUCACUUGCAAGAACAAUUUGUAUCAAUUCUGAAAUAUGGUUCAUUGAAAGUAAUUAAUAUUAAGAUUUCUUCAAAAAAAAAAAAAAA